UGGUACUGAUGUCUUGCUAAAACCUUGUUUUCUUAUCCCAUGGUCACGAUAUUCUGCUGUUAGCUGUUAUUUUCUAGAGAGCGCACAGAACUCGAAACCUUUCGAAUUGCCUACCAGCGCCUUGCGGGACGCAGCCCAGUGCGCAUGCGCAGCCCACGGUCUGGGAUUGGACGAAGCCGCACCGCUGGGCGACGGAAAAGCACGUCACUUGUGAGGCGGGAGGAUGGAGUUGACUCACCAUGGUCUCCGCAGCGACCAGAAAGUGGGCGAGGAUGGACCCCCUUAACCUGGCGCCAUCUUUGCCUCGAGCAGAGGGGCCCCUGGGGCCAGGAGACCCGGGCUGGCUGGUGAGGUUGUGUUGGGCGCCCAAGGAGCACCAGACGCGUACGAGACGGAAGAGUCUGCUGCAGGCGAGGGUCAUGGACUUCCUCACCUCCACGGCCAUCCUGCCCCUGCUGUUCGGCUGUGUGGGGGUCUUCAGUCUCUUGAAGUUGCUGCAGUGGCUGCGCAUGAAGGCCUACAUCCGGGAUGCCGUGGUGGUCAUCACAGGCGCCACAUCGGGCCUGGGGCGAGAAUGCGCCAGAGUCUUCUACGCUGCGGGCGCUAAGCUGGUGCUCUGUGGCCGCAACGCCAAGGCCCUGGAAGAGCUCACUGAAGAACUUGCUGCGUCGCAGGCCACCAAGGUGCAGACACACAGGCCUUGCUCGGUGACCUUCGACCUCUCAGACCCUGGGUGCAUAGUAGGGGCGGCCACCGAGAUCUUGCGGUGCUUUGGCCACGUGGAUGUGCUCAUCAACAACGCCGGGGUGGGCUACCGCGGCGCCAUCGUGGACACCAGCACAGACGUGGACAGGAGAGUCAUGGAGAUCAACUACUUUGGCCCAGUUGCUCUGACGAAAGCGCUCCUGCCCUCCAUGGUGAGACGGCGCCAGGGCCACGUCGUCGCCAUCAGCAGCAUCCAGGGGAGAAUCGGCAUUCCCUUCCGGUCAGCGUAUGCGGCCUCCAAACACGCCACCCAGGCGUUCUUCGACUGUCUGCGUGCUGAGCUGGAGCAGUGUGACAUCGAGGUGACCGUUAUCAGCCCCGGCUACAUCCACACCAACCUCUCCCUGAACGCCGUCACUGCCAGCGGGUCCAGAUACGGAGUUACAGACAAGACCACGGCCGAGGGCCGCAGCCCUGUGGAGGUGGCCCAGGAUGUCCUGGCUGCCGUGGGGAAGAGGAAGAAGGACGUGGUUCUGGCCGGCCUGGCACCCUCCCUGGCUGUGUACCUGCGUGCUCUGGCUCCCAGCCUCUUCUUCAGACUGAUGGCCGCCCGGGCCAGGAAGGAGCAGAAGCCCAAGCACUGCUAGAGCCGCGGGGCAGGUGCUGUGGGGCCUAGACUCCUGCCCUCAGGUGGGGACGGGGUUGGGGUGCUCUCCUGCAGGCCCCUGGCCAGGCCCCACGCCCAACAGGGAAGGGAGCCAAGAAAAGCCUCUCCCCAGGGUGAGGGGUCACCACUCAGGGAAAGCUGCACAGCCGGUUUUAACCCCUGGACAUAAAGGAACGGGCAGUAGGAGUCAUGGCCCCGCAGGCAGGCUCCCAGCCUCCGCAGGCUCCCAGGAAGCGCUUCCGUCUUGAGAACUGCAGACACCCUGUUGUCCUGACCCGGUUUUUACAUCUGAUCUGCGGCGCCCGCAGCAGGGUCCCCCCCCCCCAGUGCUGGGGGGAAGGCUGCCUUACUCGCGUCCAUCUCUGCUGCCCCACAGCCCCUUGUUCAACACAGUGAGCGGGUGGGAAGUGAUGGGUCUCUACACACAAGCCAGGAGAUGCUGGCUUUGGCCCCGUUUCUCUGCUGACCCCACCCGCAGCCCUGUGGUCAUGGCACUGCUCCAAGCAGAUGAAUUUUCUAAGGAGACAGCAGCCUUUGCGGAGAGGAAAACUGCAUGGUCUCAUGUGGUCUCUGGAAAAUGAGGCGCAGCACCUGGAAUUCUUUCUAAAGCAGAGUUCUUGGGGCCUGGUGGACACAGCCCGUUAGCUGUGGCUGUUGGAGUGUAGUCAGAAAGGGUGCCUACUUCCACUUUCUGAAACAUUAAAAAUGCGUGGUUGGGGUUCACUGA